AUGGCGACGCCGGCACGCAAUGCGGAGGAUUUGCAGGGUGGGAUUGCGUGGGCAGGGCAACAGAACCGCUCAUUUCUUCGCCAGAUGCCCAUGUCCACGUCUGCGUCCUUUUCCGUGUCCACGUCCGCGUUGACCCCCGGCUGGGACAGGUUGGUUAGCAACGGCACAGUUGGUUCGAAAAGCCCUCAUAUCCACUCCCUGGUGCCCCUGGUCAACAUCCGCCAGACCCUAGGCGAUGAGAACAAGACACCAAGACCGGGAGAAAAGGCUUAG